AGAAACCGUUGUGAUAAUCAAAUGAGAUACAACGUGAUUUUGCGAGAUUUGGACUGUAGCCAUCGUAAACAGUAAUGGCCGAAUGAUGGAGGAAAUAGUUAUGUGAUGUUACCAAGUUCUAGCAAUCUGUACAUUUUUUCAUGAUAAUGGAUCCAACAUAAUGAAGAACUUUUAAUUGUGUCCUGUACUUAGUUAAGAAGACACUAAAAGGUCAUCAUGUUGGUGGAGCGGUACCGUCCCAUCCUCUACCUCCAGUACUUAUUGCUUCUCAUCGACCUAUUUAUGAACUCAUUUAUUGAGUUGCUGCGAUUUGAAAAUGUUAUUCUACUAGUUAUGUUUGUGGUACAGGAUGUAUGUAUCAUCUUUGCAGUGAUAGUUGUCUUCCUCCUUUUCUUCAACACAUACAUAUUCCAGGCUGGUUUGGUCAACAUUCUCAUCAAUAAAUUCAAGAUGGUGAUUGGUGUUACAUUUCUCUACUUUGGUCUGAAUGUAGGCCUACAUGUGUGGGAAAUGACCCUGAGAUGGGACAGCCCUAACACUUAUAUCUGGGACACGCCUGGCUUUCUCCCAAUAUUUGUGAUACAGAGGGCAGGUGCUGUGUUGUAUUACUACUUCUACAAAAGAACAGCGUUGAAGUUAGGAGAUCCACGGUUUUACCAGGACUCUGCUUGGAUCAGGAAGGAGUUUGAGAAGAGGAGAUAAUCCAUACUGAUUAGUGAUACAACAGACUUUUUUAUGUUGCUGUCAGUGAUAGUGUAAAUGAGGAGUGAAUGUGGUAGAAUAUGCUAAAGAGUGUUUAUAGUUAUCUCCCUUAUGGCGGCUAGGCUGUUGCAAAAUUAAAACUGGUUAAUAUAUCUUCAUAUUUGCUUGUAAGGGUGCUUGUAUCAAACCUUGUCUGUGAAGAUAAAUGACUAGAUUUCUCUCAUAAUACUCUGUACACACUAUGCAACAUAUAGAGAUAAAAUAUGUUAAAAAUAAUAGUAAUAGGUACACCCAUUUUGUGAUGCACAUAUCUAGUGGUUACUGAAUAUGGUGCAGGACAGC